AUGCAGUCCCUACAACAUCGAACGUCAGCGCGAUCAAUCGACGAACUUGUGUCCAAUGUGGGACGUGCAUUUGACGAAUACCCCCACGAGCGCCUGAAUCACACGUUCGUGACCCUUCAGUCAUGCUUGAUCGAGACACUCAAGCUCUUUGGUGACAAUGCCUACAAGGCCCCCCACCUCUCAAAAGAAAAGCUUGACCGAAAGGGCACAUUACCUCUGAACGUGACGUGUCCACGUGAGGUGGUUGAUGCCGCCAGUGCCUCACUUGGCGCUUUGGAUUGUGACGAAUUGGAUCGCGUGUUUGCCCAAUAG